AUUUACAGGUAAAUUUCAAGAAAUUAGUUUCAGUUUCUUGAGUUCUAAUUUCUAAAACCUUCUUGUUCUUUUUCCUUAUCCCUCAUCCACUUUGCAUGGUUUCUGAGAGUUGAUCGACAGACAUAAUGCCUACCUUAAAUCUGGUCACUAACGUUCCAGUAGAUGCUGUGGUAGCUUCGGACAUCCUCAAGGACGCAACCAAGACCGUUGCAAAGAUCAUUGGGAAGCCUGAAUCUUAUGUGAUGAUCUUGAUAAACGGAGGAGUACCCAUUGCAUUUGCUGGCACUGAAGAGCCAGCAGCAUAUGGUGAAUUAAUAUCCAUUGGGGGACUUGGCCCAAGUGUUAAUGGAAAACUGAGUUCAGCAGUUGCUGAUAUUCUUGAAACUAAACUCUCUAUUGAUAGCUCUCGGUUCUACAUUAAGUUCUAUGAUGUUCAGCGUUCAUUCUUUGGGUUCAAUGGCUCCACAUUUUGAGCUUCUAUGGUGGAUUGAUCUGUUGAAGAUGCUGGAACAAUGUGCUCAAGUUAGUGAAGUCUUUAUUUAUGGCUUAUAUUCUCUCUCACAGACUAAACAAAGUAUAUUGCAAAUAAUGGAAAUUGUAAAAGUACUCAUGUAUAACAUUAGAGUGGUAUAUCGUAGUGUUUACCAGGGAUAUCACAUUUUUCUGAUCAAAGAAUGCCUAUAUUAACACCAGGGUUUCAUUUUCCCUGAAUGGAUGAAUGCAUGGAAGUUCUAUCUCUGUA